AUGGCGACGACUCAGCCGUCGUUUGCUGUUUCCCCUGCGAGUAAUCCGAUUAGAUUCGGAAGUUUCACGCCGCAAUGCUUCGUCCGUGUCUCGAAACCGCCUUGUUCCCGGCGCCGGCUCGUCUCCACUACAAGUUUCCACCGGAAAAUUGCUAGCGGCGGCGGUUUGACUCGAUGCGAACUUCCGGAUUUUCAUCUAUCCGCUACAGCGACUACUGUAGCAGGUGUAACGACGGAGAACACAUUAGAUCAAAUUAAGAUUCCGAAAGGUGAAAUGUGGAGUGUUCACAAGUUUGGCGGGACGUGUGUGGGGAACUCUCAGAGGAUCAGGAACGUUGCGGAGGUUAUAAUCAACGAUAACUCGGAGAGGAAGCUGGUGGUUGUCUCGGCGAUGUCGAAAGUGACGGAUAUGAUGUAUGAUUUGCUCCGCAAGGCGCAGUCACGUGACGACUCUUAUUUGUCUGCGUUGGAAGGUGUUUUGGAGAAGCACAGGUUGACGGCACGUGACCUUCUCGAUGGGGAUGAUCUCGCUAGCUUCUUGUCCCAUUUGCAUGAUGAUAUUAGUAAUCUUAAAGCUAUGCUUCGUGCGAUUUACAUAGCGGGGCAUGCAUCAGAGUCGUUUUCGGACUUUGUUGCAGGACAUGGGGAGCUUUGGUCUGCUCAGAUGUUAUCAUACGUUGUCAGAAAGACUGGUCUUGAUUGCAAGUGGAUGGAUACUAGAGACGUGCUUAUUGUUAACCCUACCAGCUCUAAUCAGGUGGAUCCUGAUUUUGGUGAAUCCGAGAAGAGACUGGAUAAGUGGUUCUCCUUAAAUCCGUCGAAAAUAAUUAUUGCGACUGGGUUCAUUGCUAGCACUCCACAAAACAUUCCAACAACUUUGAAAAGAGAUGGGAGUGAUUUCUCGGCGGCUAUAAUUGGUGCUCUUUUGAGGGCUCGUCAAGUAACAAUUUGGACUGAUGUUGAUGGUGUAUACAGUGCAGAUCCUCGUAAAGUUAAUGAGGCAGUGAUUUUGAAGACACUUUCUUAUCAAGAGGCCUGGGAAAUGUCCUAUUUUGGAGCAAAUGUUUUACAUCCUCGCUCCAUCAUUCCUGUGAUGCGGUACAAUAUUCCGAUUGUGAUUAGAAAUAUAUUCAAUCUCUCUGCACCGGGAACAAUCAUCUGCCAACCUACUGAAGAUGAUUAUGAUCUUAAACUUACAACUCCUGUUAAAGGUUUUGCAACCAUUGACAACCUGGCGCUCAUAAAUGUUGAAGGUACUGGAAUGGCUGGUGUACCUGGUACUGCAAGUGAUAUUUUUGGCGCCGUAAAAGAUGUUGGAGCUAAUGUGAUUAUGAUAUCACAGGCUAGCAGUGAGCAUUCUGUGUGCUUUGCUGUGCCUGAGAAGGAAGUAAACGCUGUUUCCGAGGCACUGCGAUCGAGGUUUAGUGAAGCUUUACAAGCUGGACGUCUUUCCCAGAUUGAAGUGAUACCAAAUUGUAGCAUCUUAGCUGCAGUUGGACAGAAAAUGGCUAGCACACCUGGAGUUAGCUGUACACUUUUCAGUGCUCUGGCGAAGGCUAAUGUUAAUGUCCGUGCUAUAUCUCAAGGUUGUUCUGAGUACAACGUUACUGUAGUUAUUAAACGUGAAGAUAGCGUAAAGGCAUUAAGAGCCGUACAUUCGAGGUUUUUCUUGUCAAGAACGACAUUAGCUGUGGGAAUCAUAGGACCAGGCUUGAUUGGUGCGACAUUACUUGAUCAGCUGAGGGACCAGGCUGGUGUCCUCAAAGAAGAAUUUAACAUUGAUCUACGAGUAUUGGGAAUCACUGGUUCAAAAACUAUGCUAUUAAGUGAGAUUGGUAUUGAUUUGUCACGAUGGAGAGAACUUCUAAACGAGAAGGGCACAGAGGCCAAUCUGGACAAAUUCACUCAACAAGUUCAUGGAAAUCACUUUAUCCCCAACACUGUACUGGUUGAUUGUACAGCAGACUCUGGUAUUGCGAGCAACUACUAUGAUUGGUUACGGAAGGGAAUCCAUGUCAUUACCCCAAACAAAAAAGCUAACUCAGGUCCUCUCGAUCAGUACUUGAAGCUGAGAGACCUUCAAAGGAAAUCAUACACUCAUUACUUCUACGAAGCUACUGUUGGAGCUGGCCUUCCAAUUAUCAGCACUUUACGUGGUCUCCUUGAAACAGGUGACAAGAUACUACGCAUAGAAGGCAUUUGCAGUGGAACGUUGAGUUACCUAUUCAACAACUUUGUUGGAGAUAGAAGUUUCAGCGAGGUUGUGGCUGAAGCCAAGAAGGCAGGUUUCACUGAGCCUGAUCCAAGAGAUGAUUUAUCUGGAACUGAUGUUGCAAGAAAGGUGAUAAUCCUCGCUCGAGAAUCUGGACUUAAACUGGACCUCACUGAUCUUCCUAUUAGAAGUCUCGUCCCAGAACCUCUAAAAGGAUGCGCUUCUGCUGAAGAAUUCAUGGAGAAACUCCCACAGUACGACGGAGAUUUGGCAAAAGAAAGGCUAGAAGCUGAGAACUCUGGGGAAGUCCUGAGAUACGUUGGAGUGGUGGACGCAGUAAACCAAAAGGGAACAGUGGAGCUUCGAAGAUACAAGAAAGAACAUCCAUUUGCACAGAUGGCAGGUUCAGACAAUAUAAUAGCAUUCACAACGACAAGAUACAAGGAUCAUCCACUCAUUGUCCGAGGACCUGGUGCUGGUGCUCAAGUCACGGCCGGUGGUAUAUUCAGCGACAUGUUGAGGCUCGCAUCUUAUCUAGGUGCACCGUCUUAA